CGUCGCGGGCAACUUGCGGUGCGGACGUGCUCCGAGUGUUGCCGUCCGGCCGAUGCGCGCACACCUUGGCCGCUCUUCGCGCUGCUGCUGGAUACACUGCUCUCACAUGUUGGACUCGCGUGCUUGUGGGCCGCCUGCAAGCCAAGACGCUGGCCGCGCGCUAGACCGGAUUAGUCUGUGCGCCGUAGUCGCUCGGACCGGGUCGCCGCUGCUGUACGGAUGACUCUGGGAAUGAUGAACCAGCUGUGCAAGGUGUGCGGAGAGCCCGCCGCUGGAUACCACUUCGGCGCCUUCACCUGUGAAGGGUGCAAGUCCUUCUUCGGCCGGACGUACAACAACCUUGCAGCUCUUGGUGACUGCAAAAACAGCGGCCAGUGCGUUAUCAACAAGAAAAACAGGACCUCUUGCAAGAGCUGUAGACUCAAGAAAUGUCUCCUGGUCGGCAUGUCCAAAAGUGGGUCCCGAUACGGACGCCGCUCCAACUGGUUCAAGAUCCACUGUCUGAUCCAGGACCAGGCGGAGAUGACCUCCCGCAUCGCCGAGCAGCACCACCAGAUGGGCGCGUCGGCGCACCAGCUGACGGCCCUGUACGAUAAGGACGUGUUGGGCUUCGGUGCCAAGGCCGAAGAAGGCACCAGCUCGCCGCUCUCGUCGUCGGACAAGCCGCCGUCGUCACCAGCGUCGUAUCCUCCGCCAUCGUCGUCUGCCAGCACGUUCGCGUCCACGCCGUCGGCUUUUGAAACCAAGUCGUCGAACGGCGAGAGUCCGACGAACGCGGAUGCGUUGGCCUACCACCCCAUGUCGCCCGUGUCGCCAAUCUCGCCGCUGCACCCGAGCAAGUUCUUCUUCCACCCUGGCGCUGGCGUGUUCUUCGGCAAGCCGUCCGCGUCGCACAAUGGCCUGUCCAAGUACCUCGCAGAAGGUGCUGGCGCCGUCGCGUAUCCGUACUCGCCGCGCUUCAUGCCGUUUGGGCCCCUGAAGCCGUACCGAGACCUACUUCACCCGUCUACGUUGCUCGUGAACGGCGAGUGCCUGGCCGACCUACCCGAGCAGGAGAAGCCGAUCGACCUCUCGGUACGCAAGCCCUGCUCCCCGAGCGCCUCGCCUGCCGACGGUCUCGCCGAGGAGCUUGAUACCCAGGACAGUGACGUCAAGCCCGCGCUGCAGGCGCCUUGCUCCUCUGGCGCCGAGAUCCCACUCGACUUGCGGAGUGCUAAGAAGUGAUGCCCCCAGCCCCUUUCGCCAGCCGUCCACGUGUUCAUAGGGACUCGCCGCCGGAACAAAGGUCGCAGUGUGUGUGCGUGUUUGUGUGUGUGUUAGAGCUGUAAUACUGUGUAAUAUAUGCCUCCUCCCCCCCCACAGAACGACGCUUAUGGACCACAGAGAUAGAACUAUGUCGACGACAGGGAAACUUGUGUGAGCCUGCUCUUUGUAAUAGUCCUUCGUCUUCGAAGGGACCGCUGUGGCCCCGUCAAAGUCUGUCUUUUACUGUGUUUUUUUUCCCUCUCCCAAUUCACUAAGGGCAUUGCAGAAGACUUGGUAGCCAAGCGUCUCGUUGCGAUCUGUCGGUCUUCUAACUCGUUCCUCCUCGUCUUCGCGUAUCCUGUUUCAAAUGUUCCUAUUAUCUUUGCCCUUCUCAGACGUGGACCACCGACCAUUCCACAUCGCCACCAAAACUCGUGCCUUUUUGUGAGACAUUCCGUCGCCUCGACGCUCUUUUCUCCUGCGCCUCCUACUCGAGGUAUAGCGCCACGGGAGUGUCCUUUGGCGGGACGCCAUUGGCUGGGCGACUCGUCCGGUCCGAGCCGCCACCAGUAUUACGUCCUCGUGCCACCAGUGCCUGCUCCGUAGAGCUACACCGCUUGUCCGCGAGUCUCGUCCGUCGACGUUGCAAACGGGCCUACAAACUGCCAGGGUCGUCGCUGUCACCGACGCGCUCCCUGUACAUUUUGUUCACCACACGCAGCCUCCCCUCACAAAUUGCUGUCUGUGUGCCAGGAAGACAAUCGCUGCUCACUGGUGGCCUGAAUCAUUGUACAAAAUUCACAAACUGCAUCCAUUUCAAGAGAGGCCUUCAUACGCAUGUUUCGAAAUGUCGUUGUUUUUUUAAGCGUUUAAUGUUUCUUCUAUUCCCACUGUGAUAAAACCUUCGAACCAGGCGGUUCACUACGAGCCUUGAUAUACAUAUAUAUAUAUAUUAUAUAUAUAUAGAUAUGAGUAUAUAUAUAUGUGUGUCGGCGUGUUUGUGUGUUUUAUGUGUGUGUGUGUGUGUUUGUAAUUUCGCGUGUACACGCGCAUCGGGGCUGUGGGCAUUCUAGUACAAACCAUUCCAAGUGGCUUUUACUUCUGGCACUUUCCCUCGUCUUUUUCGCACUGUGCCAGUACCUGAUCAGGCUGCCGCUGUCCUCCUCUGGCCUUUCCGUUGCCCCUGGCGGCGCGCGCUGUCGAACAGUGUUGCCGCGCAUGCGCGGAUCGUGUUGCUGCUUUUCCCUCGCAUUUUCCCCUCGUAUAGUCAUUUGCCCUAGCUGGAAUUUGUCGCAGCUCAUUACGGCAAGUGCGCGCCCCCCGAAAACGACGCACACGGCCAUCCUCCGGUGUCGCUUAUCACGCGGUCCGAGCGUCGAACCAUUGUUGAUCCAGUUCAGGCUGUGAGCCGCCACGCUCCCCAUUGAGGUAAUGCUUCAAAGAGAUAAGUACGAGACAAAAGCGACCCCCCAGGUCGUUCAGACCAACAUUCCAUGCUCGCGGACCGCUGCUGGAAAAUCUGCACGGUGUUGGCCACCGAACGGACUUCGGAGCUCUUGAGUCCGACGUAAAGAUUUCCCAAUGCUUGAAAUCGGUGCUGACUGGCGUUGGAGUUACACUAAGCUAGCUCUUAAACCACAGAAUUUGUUUCGUUCGUAUCCGAGCGAGACCAAACUGUACACGGCAGAAGCAGGUGGCGACGUAUUGGCUAUGCUUUUGUUAAGGCACAAAACAAACUAAAGCGGUUUGCACUGAAGAGUAGCCUAUUAACGGCGCAUUUACUUUUAUUUGGCGAAGGAAAGGUUGAUUAUUUACAAAGAAAGUAAACGUAAGCUCUCCCAUAAAUUUUUUUUCUUGCGUCAAAACCGCAUUGCUGAUGUCAUGGAUUUCACAGAAUUUUCGAAAAUUCGGAACGUUUCUGUGCUGAACAAUGUCCCAGAAGAUCGCGAAGUCCCCAAGAUCACCUAGCCUUUCUCUUUUUCACUUUCCCCUUAAGGGCAAACUGCAUCGAAAUUUCACCAUGUUAGCUAAAUUGGUUAUAGAUGAGUAGUACAUACAUGUACUAUUGAAUAAAUCUUGACAAAGCUGUAAGGCUGGUAACUGUCUAAUUUUCUUCUGAACAGCCGUUAAAUGGCACCUAAGCAGACGACGCAUACACCUAGUGGUUAGCAGUAGAGUUACUGUAUGCACUCCCGCGGGGAGCAGAAGUGCGCAAAGAAAGCUCCGCCACCUUGCGCGCAAAACGAAGCAAGGUUCUAAAGGUACAGUAACCCUAGUUAGUGGAUUUACGACGCAAAUCCCAUACAAUGGCCACGCGAUUUUCAGCACGCCGCGGUCUUCGCCCACCCAAUCUGGCAGGUUAUGCGGAGCAGCCGCGCUGGUUCUCCACAUUCUAGAUUCUGCGUCAUUUCCGGUGCGCGGUAACGGCAGCACCUCUUCCACUUUCGGUAUCGAACGUCUCGGGAGCUUUGCUGGAUGGCUUCCCCAUAUUUAAACUACUUGAAACUAGGCUUUUUUUGCGGUCCAAAACUUCCUUGCAGCUUGCCUUUAAAUCAAUCGCCCAUCUGUCGAGAAUUAAAAGCGCUACAACGAGUUCAUGGCACGGCUGCUUUGACGACAGAAAUCGUUCUCGCUCUGAAUUUCUUGGCGGCCCUGACAUAUCUCACGGUCGUUGUCCUUCACGACGCCAGUCCUAGGCCCACCGAUUCCCACCGACAGGGGAAGUGUUCUCUAAGCAGCACUAACUAAAAUUAAAAGGCAUUAUUAUGGCUAGCACCGAAAGGGUGCAAACAUCCAGUGCCCUACGUAUUACUAGAGCAUUAACAUUUAUGAUGAGUAGUACGAAGAGUUGUUUUGUAAUGUUGAACGUGAUGUAUCAGCUGCAAGGAAUGAAAGUGAAAGAAAAAAUGCAAAUGCGAAGUUACGGGAAGCGUUUGGAUAUUGGUUGAACAACCGAUAUAGAUUGCCAUUGAAUUUCCCGAGCUUUGUUUGUGAUGCGCCUAAGGUUGGACCUCAGGUUUGUCCGACUGGAUCGGUUGCAUUUGUUCAAGAUGAAUGAAACUUACUGCUUCCGUCCAAAACGCUUUCGGCGCGGCGCCUUUUCUUUCUUUUUUUUGUUUUUUCGUGCGCUGUUGGGUUCGCCACUGUCUUCGUGCUGCGAUUCGCAUAUACGUGACAGUUGAGCUAUCCGCGGGCUCUCCUGCUGAACUUGACAGCGCAUACGGGAGGAAAGAGACAAUCAACCGCUAGACGCGGUAAACACGACGAUGCUCAUGUUGGUGCUCUUCUGUACACAUUUGAAGGAAACGUAUAGAAAUAAGAGUGCGUUCUGGUGCAGAAUGAUAUUAAUUUGUAGUAGUGUGUGUGUGUGACACUGCAGCGUCGUUGCUUCCUUCGACUUGCUUUGCUACGAACGUUCUCGCAGUCAGUACAUCGCGCUGCCGGCACACUAUGCCGAUUGACGCAGCCCACACAGUCGCCCGAGUAGUCAUUGUGCAGACGAUCUAAACGAAGGUGCUUGAAAGACCCGACCACGGGACCACUGCCCACCUGCCACACAAGUACGUUCAUCUGAACCCUACAAAGGCUGGUCGAAUCGAUUUGGCGCGUUAAAAACCGGUCGCCGUGUUCGUAUGAAAACUAGCGGGUUGGGCCGAGCCGACGCCUCCUAGAUAGCAGGCCUGUGCACUCUGCUUUAUGACGUCAUGCUACUUGGACCGAAAUUUUCAUUGCCAAGCCCGGCGUGACGAAAGCGGUGACGUCAAAAGCACCACGGUUUACUCCGGAGCAUCCUUAUUGUGACGUCAUGGAUCGAAGUGCGUAGGCUUUGGCUAUCUAGGCGGCGUUGGCCGAGCGAGCGUCGAGGCAAGCUCGAUCAACCCUUCCACCAACGCUGGCUGAAUCGCCCAACCCGCUAGGCAAGAUGCAUGUAAACGCGGUCGGGUGAAGCUGGGUCAGCUCAACUCCUACUCGACCCGCUCGAGUCGAGUUCAUGCAAACGAAGCUACAGUGGCGAAGCUACAGUUGCUGGAUCCUAUACUGGCGCUUUUCGCUGGAUGAGCAGCGGUGGCAUGAAUUCAGUCGGGCCACGUUUCGUUGCAGCGCGAGCCUUCCGCGUAGCUUGUUUCCAUGAGUCGCCGCCGCCACAGCGAACAACGGAUCACAUCUGUGUUUAUGGUUUGAUGGAAAAUGAAAAAAAAAAAACAAAAGUACGGCUGGCAACUGAAUACGUCAUGAAGCUCCAAUUCCGAGAGCGUGUAGCAUAGCUAAUGCGUCGUUCUUUAAGGCGACCAAUUCAAAACGCGUGCCAUGUGCAGACGCGAAGCAGGGACUCAUCAUUACGUCACGGGAAUGUUGGUCAGCUCCAGUGGUGCCCCAAGCCCCUCUCGCACAGGCCACUAAGUAGGUCACGCAUGGCCAUCCCGGUGCGGCGGUUGCUGGCCACGGAGAAUUUUAUACCCGAAGCUGUACGCGCACGUUGAACUGCUCGCAUUAAAAUAUAAUUUGUUGCAGCGCUUGCCAAAGCAACUACGCCACCACGGCGAGUAGCGCGACAUAGCGUUCUUGACAGGAAAGUACCGGGCUCGCAGCAUUAAACAAUGUGCAGACAAGAAAGGUGCAUAUAUAUAUAUAUAUAUAUAUAUAUAUAUAUAUAUAUAUAUAUAUAUAUAUAUAUAAAGAAAACGUGGACAACUUUCUGUGGCUAUGAAGGGAAAGCUACGGAGGCAAAGAGCGCACAACUGAGAGCGCUUCUGAAAGGAGUCCCGCGUUUUAAUCCACGUUGGUUUAGGCUGGGAAAGAGAAAACAAACACCUUAUUGGCAACAGUUAAAUUAGAACACACCAGUGAGUGGAAAUGCUUACGUCUUUUGCGGCUUCUCCGUUCCGCGUCUUAGGAAACGCGAAACCGUCGCACGGGGAAGCUGCGUCGAUUCAGCGUCUGCUCCGAGCAACCAAAGCACUGUCGAACGCUGCCGGACUACUUGGUGCGGUAACACAUGUGCAGAAGCUCCGCCCCCGUAGCUUUCCCUUCAUAGCCACAGAUAGUUGUCCGCGAGUAUAGAUCCGGCAGUAGCGCGAGCGAACAUUGAAUGCAGCGAUUGAUUCCAGUUCCGUUCAAGCGUAGCUCGGGGGCGAAGUGGUCGCGCUUUUCUUGCGCAAACACCCUGCACCGGAACAGUGACACCGCCGACAAGCGAAGCCGCCGCGGGCUCACUUCUACUUAACCGUUGAUCUCGAUCCGAGGGGGAAGAGCGCACGGAAACGCGUCGUCGCUGUCUACAUUCCUUCACUCCUUCGCAUUCCACUGUUUGUUCUCCCUUUUCGUUUGAGUUUCUAUUUAAAUCCAUCUGUCACGUGCUUCUCCUCUUGUCUCCGACCGCGGAAAGCACUGUGCAGGAGGCCAUUCCAGCCGCACGACUCACUUGUUCAUACGCACAUCGCCUCGUUCCCCACCACCAUGUUCCCCCCUCCCCCACCCUUCCUCGUCUUUUUUUUUUUUUUUUGUGCUUUUUUCGAACGUGAGCCUCAUUCUGCGUGUAUUUAAAAAAAAAAAAAUCUUGCGUAUUUUUGGAUAUAUAAAAUCACAGACUACGACUGUAACAUUGUUAAAUAAACGAUGCGUUGAGCGUUUUCAAAACGA